UUGUGCAAAGUCUUCUAUGGAAAGAUUCAAGUGCUGCAUGUGGUACUUUAGCGAAUAUUUAUGAUUGUUGGUGGUUUAAAAAGAUUUGAAAUUGUUUAUCAGAUUUAAAUGUAAAACUUCUUAAACUAAUAAUUUCGACGUAUUUGGUUCCGUAUUUUAUCGGUGAGGUAUACGUUUUAAGUUUAAACAAAAAUGGAAAAUAUAGAGAACAAUGCGGAACAGUUGGUGGUUAUAAUUCAAGAAAGCGAUUCAGAACAUGAAAUUGAGAACCAAGAAGAAGAGGUGGAGGAAAUUAGGAACGAUGAACCAGAGGUUGCCAACAGUGAACAAUUAGUUAAUGCAAACAAUGAAGUAUUACUAUUGGGUGGGAACGAAGGACCAUUGCCUAAUGACGAUGGCGCAGAACCAAUAAUUAUUAGUGACGAGCCAAUCAUCAUCAAUGAUGGCGGACUGGAAACGACGAACCAUGAUGAACCAGUUGCUGGAUGCAGUGGAGAACCUGCUAUCAAGUGCAACGAUGAGAAUAAGGAAAAUUACUCAACAAGUGUCAAAAGACAGAGAGAUGAUGACGACACCGAUCCAUUGGAUGGUCGACAGUGUUCGAUCUGCCUGGACGUAUGGACGAACUAUGGAGAGCACAGGUUAUGUUCUCUGAGUUGUGGCCACGUAUUUGGUCAGCAUUGCAUCGAGCAGUGGCUGACAGGCCUCAAACAGAAAGAGCGACGAUGUCCACAAUGCAAUCAGCCAGCCUCGACAAGGGAAAUUCGCAUCAUCUACGCAGAAAAGUUGGUCGCCGUGGACACGGUGGAACUGGAUGUUCAGAAGCGGAACAUGAACUCAAUUAAGAGAGAAAACGAGUUCAUGAAGGCACAGCUGAAGCGAUUAGAGACACGCGAGAAGCUGUUGCUGGAUGAAAUAAACGUCUUCAACAGUCGAAUUGCCAAAAUGGAGGCACAAAGGUCAAGCUUGACAGCUGCAUUGGACCAUCAUUCCUCAAUGAAUAGAUUCCAGAUCUGCAGGGUUUUCAAGAUCUGCAAGGAGAAAUGUUCCAGGGUGAUGGACUAUGACUCCAGGUCCAUGUGCGUAGUGGCCUCGCAAAAAUCCUCUUCACUUCCGUUCUCCAAGAACGGGAUCAGGAAGGUGGACAUAAACACACUGCAGCUGAAGGAGUUCGUGCCGUUGCAUGAUCAUUCCAUCAGAGACAUCUGCUUUCAACCAAAGAGUUCGCUGCUACUCAGCGUAGGAUUUGACAAGUGCGCCAAGUUCCUUGACCUGCAGAGUAACACGCUGAUCCACACCUUCAAGGCGCAACAUCAACUUUGGAGCUGUGCCUGGAGCAAUGACGACCGGACCAUGUUUGCCGGAGCCCAGAACGGCUCCAUCCUGAUCUUCGACAUCAGGCAAACCUCUGGUCCCCUGCAGGUGCUGGAGAACCCUGGCGACGUGACUCCGGUCAUCUCCUUGACUUCUAUUCCACAGGCUUCCUGCAACGCAGUACUCCGUGGAGGGUUCUUGGCGUGUCAGCUGCACUCUUGUCAUGUCGAAGAAAGCAAUGGUGGCAACUAUAAUAGGCAUCGACUGAACUUGGAGGGCCCCUUCAUCUCUGGAAGGUAUGACCAGAAGACAAAUCAUGCCUUGAUCUCGACGCGUGCUGGAACCUUGCGAAAAGAAGGCAAACAUGUGGUUUGUAACAUCGACAAAGCUUCCGAUGGAUCCAAGAUGUGCAACGUUGUGUAUGAACUCAACGGUGGAUCUUCUCAGCAAGUGUUAUCUAGACCUUCUUUUAUAGAUCUUAAUGGACAGAUGUUUGUAGCUGCUCAUAGAUUCUCCACUGGGACAAUACCACUGUGGAAUAUUUCCACUGGGAAGGAAAUAUAUAAUAUUCCUAUGUCGGAGUCCAUCAUGGAUCUUUGCUCCUUUAGGAUAUCUAACGAACUGUUUCUGGCAGCGCUGUCUCCCUCAAAACUGAACUUGUACAAGUAUGCCUAGUUUUUUUAGUGUAUUGUGACGUGCUCGUGGACCCUGUGAUGUUUUUAGUGCUGCCAUGGUGAUCAUCGUGUGACAUUAUAAAUGGUUUCGUUUAAUUUUAUAAGGUGGUUUGAAAAGUCGGUCAGCUAGAAAAUUCGACCGAAUUACGACUGAGUUAAUUUAAAGAAAAGGACUGACUGCUUCAAAACAUAGCGAUGGCAACACUGUUUUGUACUGUGAUUUUUAGUUGUAUACUUUAUUCUGCUGUGCAGCAUAGAACCUUUUUUGCGUGUAAGAUACUCGCUUCGAUUCGAAGAAUGAAAUGCUUUUAUUUAAGGGAAGAAUUUUUAUAAGUUAAUCAUUACCUGAGAUGUACUCCACGACCGAAACAAACACUACACUUUUCAGAAUGUUCAAAUAUUAUGUUAUCCAGAGAUUUAUCGCAAUUUUUCUUGUAUAAGAUGCAUUUGAAAAAAAAAAAAAAAAUAAAACUUAAAGAGAU